CGUGUAAAAACAGAAAUGACUGGUGUCCAUAACGAGCAAGUUUUUUUGUUGUUGUGGCAACACGAUAGACUCGUUUUGGCGAAGCCUCUAUCUCAUCUGCAUUGUUGUCAGAUAUUUGAACGGCGCAAAAUCUGGACGGAUUGAUACGUUAUCAAACAGAAAUAAAGAGAGUGGAUACUUAGUAAAUAAACGGUUCGUAGCUAUAAAAUCGUUGUUUUUAGUGCAAACAAAGUUGCCUGUAUGUUUUUGCAAGUUAUUGCAUCGCAUACACUCUAGAAGACGGCUUUUGUUACAGACUUUUCUUUGAUUUGGUAACAACAGAAGACUCGUAAAGUCACAAAUAAAGGAAACAAGAAGUUGCAAAAUCGAAGUGAUAUUUUGGCUCAUUUAAGCAAUUCAGACGUACUGGAACAUAUAUUUGUCAAACCUAACGUAUGAUGUGCCUAUUCAAAAGUGUAUUUGAGUGUGCAGAAAGAUAGGCUGGUCAUGAAUACUUGCUCAUCUGAAGUGUUCCAGCAUUUUACACGUCUGGCCUAGGCAGUGAAGUGUAGAUCAAAACUUUGAACAUGUGAAGCAUUUGAAAAGUGGUUAGCCUGAAGAUUUAUUUAAGCAUUAAAAUGGCAAAUGGCAUGACUGCUGGGUGGAGGUUCACAAGUCCUAUUCCAACUGACCCAGCAUAUGAGAAAUCAUAUAGUUCAAGGUCAGGUAGGGCUGAUUAUAGACAGAGAGAUAGACGAAGUCCAAUUCCUUCUGACCCAAUUUAUUCAAAUGAUGAUAGAAGCACCGAUGUAGUGCCAAGGCCAAGAGUGAAAGCAGAAGCUUUAAAUAUUGCUAGGCUGCAUCAAGGUGGAGCUCUUGCACAGAUAUUUAAUCCUGCUUUUCGCAUUAUACCACUUGGAAGUCGCCCAAAAACUCAAGAUACAAAAGAUUUUGGCAAAGAAAAUUAUCACAAAAUCAAAGAGAUUCAACGAGCUAAUAAACAGAGGCAAAAAGAAUCAGCAAGAGGCGAGCCAGUCAAGGCUGUUUAUAAACCAGGAAAAUUUGAACAUGUAGAGUCAAAAGUUGCUGAGAAAAUACAAGCUCCACCACAAGCACCAAGACCAGGGUCAGCUGAUUUUUUGAAAGCACACUCAAAGUCUGGACCAAUUGUUAAGGACAAGAGGCCUUCAACUGCUGCUCCAGUUGUACCAAAAGUUGAGAAAUUAUCAAUACCCAGAGCGUCAAGUGCUAGACAGGUGAAGAUAGAGACCAGACCAGUCAACCACAUCUCACAAAAUGUAAAGAGGGCAAAGUCAAUCAAUAUUAAACGUGCCCCUUCUUUGACGGCAUUAGAUGAUUUGAAAAAGAAACAAGAACAGCAGCUACAUGAAUACAAACGUGGCAGUGUCCCCAAAUAUUUGAAGAACAGACAAGAAGAGUGGAAGAAAGAAGAAGAAACUCGCAAAGCAAACAUCCCGGACCCAAGUAUCCCAGCAGGCCAUUCACUAAUGCCGGAAUCGGAGAGAAGAAAAACGCUCGAUAUGCUGAACAAAUCGCAAGGAGACAUGCUAAGAGAACUGCAAUCUCUGCCCGUCAGCAAAGAUACUUUACGCGUCAAACAACGGAAAGAAUACCUGGAGAAGAAGCUCCAAGAAAUCGAAACUGCUAUUAAGAUAUUUUCAAGACCAAAGGUAUUUGUCAAAGACGAGUAGAAUUGCCAUCGUUGUACAUAGCCAAUUGAUACUGCCUCAUUGUCUCGUCAAGAUAUAGCACUUCUGCCCUUGUGAAUGCUUUCGUGCUUUUCAAUGAAGAUUGUAACAUACUCAGAUUGAAACUCUGUAUAGUCAGAUUGUUCGUGUAAGCUACUAUUAUUUCAAAAAUUGUUAGAACACCUACAGGGAACAUUCACAGUUUCACGUCGUUGUUUCCUCUUCCACCAAUGUUGCUGAAUUUCAUAGAUAUACGUUUGUGGUGAGAACAGCUCAGCAUCGGACGCAUAAAUGCGUUAAUGAAGUCAUUAAAACUGUACAUGGGAACGGAGAGAAGAAUUUAGCUGCAGCAAUGAAAACUUGAAGGAGUAGUUAAACCCAGGGGUUUGCAACAUUUAAACUUGAAUCUAUGGUGUUCCAACUGUGUUUGGCGAAGAUCUUAGCUUUAUUUUUAGCCUUUUCCCAUACUUGUGUAAAUAUAGGAAGGACGUAUUCUUAUUGCAACUGUUAUCGUAGAUGAAGUAACACAGCAUACAUUCACCUGAUUAAAACCUUUGCCAAUAAAUUCUUUCUGCUUUUGUUUUUGUCAUUAUCAUUACCUUUUUCAUUAGAGACCAGUAUAUUGUAUAACGUUUUCAAGCCCUCUACUCAAAGAGCCAAGGUCAAAGAACUUUUUAAACCCUCCCCUUAGAGUUUGCAUCGAGGUCCAAUAAUUUAUUUUUGUGUUCCUCUAGCAGCGUUUGCCUUGACCCACAGCAUUGAAAUAUAUAUUCCCCCUCAAGAGUUUCUUCUAUCACCUCGUUUCAUGGUGAGCUAUGUACUCGUGUCUGGUCCACGUUUCGAUACUGGUCUUGUUCUUUUCUAGUCUGCUAAUAGCCAGAACUCAAAUAGCUGAAAUUUAACUCAUUAGCGGUUGUGAUGCAUGACCUUCAAUCAUGUCAGAUAAUUUCAGAUCUUUACUGUCAGUUUCGCUUGCUUAGGAGCUCUGACUAAGCUGAGGUUUUAGGUUCAUUGUUUGAAGUUCGCAAGUCGUUUUACUAACGCAAAAUGCAACAGAUUGAAUUAAUGAUAAUUUAUUCUUUGGAGUCAUGUUAGCACGUGGUCUGGUGGAUGAAGCUAGUGUCUCUGAUGAUCAAGGUCCUUACUGGUUCUAUUAAGUUUUAUGUAACACCAAUGUCAUGCCGGGCUGAAAUUCUAGGUUAUCAGUUCACCUCGAGAUACUAGAUAUCAAGUAACACUGCACGUGUCUUCAGACAUACCAUUAAUUGAGAAAUAAUUACAAGAAACUAAACAGACAAAAGGUCUUGUAUCCAUUUCAAUGCUUUUGAAUUUCUUCACGCUUAUUUUUCCACCUGCUGGUAUUACUCAAACCAUUUUGUUCCAGUUAUUUGCUUCUCAUUUCUAGCAAUUUCUUUUGCACUUGGGCGGAUAAUUGCAGAACAAAGUUUUUUUAAUAAAAGCUUUUUUUCACAAUUCAAACAACCUUGUCUAGUUUGAAAACAUUUCAAAUAUUUAGUGUUAGGCCUACUUGUUUCGAGUGACCAUCUUCUGUUGAAGAAAUUAACAUUCUCCAUAACCUCAUCUUCUUUUAAUUUGUCAAUGUCUGUUUAUUUGUGAAAUUUGUUAGCCCUUUCCCGGUAUCCAAUUCAACUUUAUUGGACCUAACUAACGUCCUUAUGAACUUUCAAAACGUUAUUGUCAUCAAUAAUUCCAUUUCACACAGACAUUGCUUCGAGUUUUUUUUAAACAAUCCGUUCGUGUGACUGUUAUAAAUUUGUAAUUGAAGAUUGAAUAAAAUUGCCAACACUGAAAUUACAAAAAGGAAAGUCUCCCAAACUUAGCCUUGGAUAUCGUUGGAUUUCUGAAUUAAGUUGAAUUUGAUAUUCUAGUAUUAGUUUGACCCGUUCCUUGCUGAGUUGUGAGCUAUUUUCAUGCCGAAUUCAGAGACCUUUGAUAUGCAAUUAAUUAAAGUAUUAUUUCAUAACAGACGUCACUGCAUAAGGGUCCACGAUAUCUAUGACCAAGGUGCCUGGCUGCCUCUUUGAUACCUAGAGUAUGUGAAAGUUCUUUAAAAGUUAGGGCGCCCAACUGAUUCUAUCUCCAGGAAUUGAAAAUAUAUGCCAUUGAUGCAAAAUUCAUUGCCCUUUCGAUAAAUCGAACGGAGUUGACAGGUUUGUCUUUUGAAAAUCGAAUUCAACAAUGUCAUCACGGCAAUCUCAUCACAGAUUUUAGUGAAGUUGUAAAAUCUGCCCUUGUAAACGCGGUUUAACGCAGUAAUCAAUUUUUGUCAGACAAUUGGCAUUUGGGUUUAGUAACACUUACAGAAAAUGUAUCACUUGAAUUUGAAAUCACUCUUUUGAGAUGAUAAACUUUUUUCAUUUUCGCGGUAAUAAUGCUCUCAAAACCUUCGAUGAAGAGGCAUUAACCCUUGUAAAAUCUGAAAUCUUGUAAAACCACGAAAAGAAUCUGAAAUCAAUUAGGCCGUCGCGCUGUGUCCUGAACGAAUAACGGCAUCGCAAAAACAAGAUUAAAAGGCAAUUUCUAUUCUACGUUUUCCGCAAUACACUAUUUUUGUCCAUGGAAUGCCGACAUCGAGGACUCAACACAUGUCCUUUGAGAGUAAAAAAUGGGAAAUCUUCUGUGAUUUUGAAAACAGUUUCAAGAAUGCUUUUGAUCGAUAUGAGACCGAAUGCUUUCGGAAAGCUUCCCAAAGCGAUUGUCGUUCGAAGAAUGGCCAGUAUGAACAAUGAAAUCGUUAGUCCUUUCCAUUUUUCAAUGAGAAAACUUCAGCUGUUUUGACUGGCGCGUAAUUAACAAUUUCUAUGUUUUAUUUGCUUCCACCGGAUCAUAUAUGCCCUUUAUUUAGUUCCUAGAAGCGCUUCUUUGAUUUACAGGGGGUCAUCUCAUAGCAAGAAUUGGUUUCUUUUCCCAUCAUUUGUUAUGAGUCACUCGGCUAAAAGCUCCCCCUGGAUGUAAAAUUUCCUGAGGCAAGCAGUUCUUGUCAGCGUGUUUUGAUUAAGCCUUUCAAGUAAAAACAUCUUUUUUAAAAAUUCACUUGAAAAUGUGGUCGGAAUCUAUGUAAAUGGUCAUGAUAUUAGUAACUCAGAUUAUUCUAUUCUUCACGCUUAAAGUUUCAACUUGAUUCAUUCUGAUCGCGCGACUUGGCGAAAGCGAAUGAACAAUUCAGCGAAUCAGCGAACUGAGUUGUAUUUUCUGGUCGCGCAUUCGCAGCGAGUGAGAAAGUUCAAUUGCGCACGCUCCAAUGUGCAUUCGCUCAGUCACGCAACCAGAGAGAAUCAAGUAGAAAACCGGCCUUAUACGGACCAAUUUCGAGAUAGCUCAAGCUGAGUUAACCUACCUCGUGAAAUUAAGCUCUCAUUGACAAAGGCGUAUGUCUUCUUAGCUGUAAAGCCUUGGGUCUUAUCCAAUGCUAACUUCUUGCUAUCAUCCAAUGUAUCUGAACGCAGUCUGGAUCUCACCAGACGAAACAACUACUCCAGCCCAGUAAGCAUCGUCUGGAACAUUUUCAAGAGAUAAACAUACAAUCUCUUGGCAUUUGAUUUGGUAUAAGAUCAUCAAUGUGCAAGGCAUGUUCUGAGUAUGCAUUCGCAUUGCUAUCUUCAUGAGAUAAAUCAAGUCACUUAGAUGUAUUCAGGCAAUUCACACCACCUAUGUGAAUUGCAUUCUCUCAUUGAUAAGAUGCUCUUGAGUGAAGUGAUAAACCAAGGACUAAUCAAUAUAUGCUCUAAAGGAAACGGGACAUCUCUUUGCGAUCGCCAAAUUCGCAUUAAUACCAACGAAAUGUCUUGGAGCCCUGUUCUCUAGAAUCUAAAUUCAUUCAAAACCUUUCGAUUAAUUAAUGAUUUUAUCAUCAAAAGCAUCAGCUUAAUUUUAUGUUAUUUAGUCAUUAAACCAUCUGUCAUGGAUUGCCUGUUCGAUCUUUCUAUGAUUCCAUUGCGAAAUUAUUUCGAUUAUCUAGUUGCCAUGCUUAGAAUGGGGGUAUGAAGUAUUUAUCAAGAACUGCAGGCUCCGAAGAUAUAAAAAAAGUUUGCAAGUGCUGUCUUGAAUUGUUAGAAACGUUCUGAACUUAAUUGUUUAUCUCCAUAAACCUUAAACUAAAGAUUAUAUACGGAGAAAGGCACUUUGGGCAAAUCACUUGAUAUAACCAGUCCCUAAUGUGUACAGAGUUUGAUUUGGUGCUAUAUUGGUUUAACGGUGUUGAUUGGAUCGAACUGACCCGAACUUAAUGCUUUGAAAUGCCUAUCGCUUUCAGAUUUCAUAGUGUUAUCAAAUUUCCUCUUGUACCUGAGGCGUGUGACUAUCUUUCAUUUUUAGCUAUGGAGCUAAAUAUGGAUCUUUAACUUUAAAAGCCCUAAGAAACUGUAAUGAUUCAAGUUCUGCUUAGUUCUUUUUAAGAAAAAAAUGCAAACAUAAUCGACUAGAAACGUUAAAGAGCUCCUAAUGUCUGCAAUUCGUGGCAGUCAUGACAUUUGGGUGUUUGGUGUUUGUUCCUUUCAGUCACGCCUCAUUUUCUUACGUUUGGAAACAGAGCUUACUGCGACUGGCAAGAAAGCUUUCCUGUAAAUAAGCAGAAAAUAUGUCAUUCGUGUCCCAAUUCACCUCCCGCACGAAAUGAAUUGGACGGCACGUGGCUCGGGAUUAAAAGAGCAAGACCUUUGUUUCGGAAGGCGCUCAAGAGUCUCGCCGAAAGACGGAAAAUUAGCGGCACUAUUUACAACGAUGAUUGACGACUUAAGCACAGGGGUUGUGGUUGGUGGUCACAAAACCUGAAAUCUCGCAUAACAAAACAGGCGAAGAGUUGUGUAAUCAGCAAGAUUCACUGAACACUCUUUGGAUAUUUACGAUACACGAUUUUUAAGAUAAAUAUUACUUUGUUGUUUUGACUUUUCUUUGGAUAAAUUUGUGAAAGAUUUUUAAGAGUCUUUGGUCUUUUCUAAGAGAGGAUUUAUCAUGCUAUAAAGGGAUAUGCAAAAGUUUUCGAUUUUAGGAAAGUUGGAGUCAAAUGAAUAGUUGGAACUUGGUAUUCAUAUUGAAAUAAGCUCGCGAAUCGAGCUUUUAAAUCAAGCAUUCGUCCUGCUUAUAUCGAAAUUAAUUUUUUUCGACAAUUAUAGCAGGUUACGUUACACUCUUUGUUAAUAAGAACAGUUUUUUAAGAACACGAGCCUCAAAAUUGGUCAAAGGUUCAGAAAAAAUUAAGAACAAGCUGAGGCUGAGCUAAUGUAACAUGUAAUUUUGAGCAAUGCUUCGACUCAAAAACAAAGAGCUUUUUGCCACCUAGGGGUGCUUUUAAGGUGAAUUUUCAAACUCGUAAGCAAAUAAAGGAUAUCUCACUCAAUUUUUUGGCAAACGAGGCCUGAACACCUCCCUAGAACGCAAUAGGUAGCAAUUGCACUGUUUACACCUUAAUACGUUAAGAACAAAUUUAGAACAAUCUAGCUUCAGAUUUUCGUAAAAAUUUAGAAAGGCCAGCCUGAACUUCAAUUUAUCGGUUCUUAUACAAAAAGCGUGUACUGCUGAUCGGCUUCUGGUGUAUUUGUGACGUAUAAGCCUUAGAAUACAGUUCUCUUUUUGAAUACGUUCACGUUGUUUUAUACAAAAAGUCUUUAUGAAAAUUCUUUAGAUUUUUAGCAAACAUAAGCGUUCUGGAACCUAAACUUUACUUGAUCUAAAUUUUUCAUUCAAUUAGGACUCCUUAGGGUAUAUGUUGCACCAGAAGGCGGCCUUUUGGGUAAUUGGCCCUAAGCUGCCAAAGGACAACAUUCAGGUUGGGAAGAUGCCAUGAAAAUGCUCAAAUGCGCGUUGCCUGAACCUUAAGAUAAAUAAAAAUGGCAGAAAAGUUGUGAAUUCUAUUCCUCAUUUUCUGUACUCGUGCAUGGAACUAAAUUGCGGAUAACGGGAAAACACCGUAGAGAAAAACCUAAUUAAAUCUUAGGCCAUAAUAGGCUGCCACUUCACCCACGUUGAACAAGUCUUGCUGGAUGCGAGGGCAGAAGGAGGUGUUUCGACAAGGCUUCUCAAAACUGCAUAUACUCAAUGGGGAUGAGAGUUGUGACGAUUAGCAUAUAAGUUUUGCUUGAAAUGUGAGUAUUGCAUUGUAAUUGUUCAUUGCUAUUUUUUUUACUUGCAUUCAAUUAUCACGAUGAUUUGUUCGAGUUUAAGGAUUGCAGGUUUUCUGAAAUAAAUAGGUAUUCAUUCUAAUGAUAACAGUUCCAUAAGAACAGGACCCAUCUAUAAAAUCUCUAGUUAGAGAAUUUAGAAUUUAAUAGUUGAGAGCAUGAAGCCUAGUUUUAAGGCAGCCAGGAAUACCUUAAGGUGAAGAAGCUGUGGCUCAAUAUCGCCUGGUGGCCUGACAACAAAAUAAGGUACGAUUCAGCUAAAUCUCAGGUGCAACGAGGCUGUUCCGUUAAUAGCGUUACCUUAGAAAGGGCAUAAAUCCCUCCUUAAUUGCACUUCUUAGGUGCAUCAAAGUGGUAAAAAUUCAAGUGCAAUGCACCAAAAAAGGUUUAUUUUGUUGCCAACUAUACCUGACUUUGGUAUUUAGUACGCUUUGCAACCAUGUUAUCCGUACAAGGUGUCCCAGUCGCAAAAGAACUGUAAGGUCUAGGGCGCGCAAGACAAAAUUUCCAGACUGGCCUGUCAGGCAAGUUCUUCGAUCAAAUGAUUACCGAGACCAC